CUGUGGCAUUUGUUUGUAAGACAGCAGCCCCUUGGUGUCAAGGUUGUCGCAUAGAAGAUACUGUCGGAGGAGGCGAACGAACGUGCCACUGAGAAACAGUUCUCUACUCCAACAUGUACAGAACCAAAGUGGGCUUGAAGGACCGCCAGCAGCUCUACAAGCUGAUCAUUAGCCAGCUGCUCUAUGAUGGCUACAUCAGCAUUGCUAAUGGCCUCAUAAAUGAAAUCAAGCCUCAGUCUGUCUGCGCACCCUCGGAGCAGCUCCUGCAUCUCAUCAAACUAGGAAUGGAAAACGAUGACACAGCGGUUCAGUAUGCAAUUGGUCGAUCAGAUACAGUUGCCCCUGGCACCGGGAUUGACUUGGAGUUUGAUGCAGAUGUUCAGACAAUGUCCCCAGAGGCUUCUGAAUAUGAAACAUGCUAUGUCACAUCCCAUAAAGGACCAUGCCGUGUAGCUACCUAUAGUAGAGAUGGGCAGUUGAUAGCUACUGGAUCUGCUGAUGCUUCCAUAAAGAUACUCGACACAGAAAGAAUGUUGGCCAAAAGUGCUAUGCCAAUAGAGGUCAUGAUGAAUGAGACUGCACAGCAGAACAUGGAGAACCACCCAACACUGUUGGCCAGGGCUCUUUAUGACAACCAUCCUGACUGCUCCGAUGAGCUGGCCUUCUCCAGAGGAGACAUCCUGACCAUUCUGGAGCAAAAUAUGCCGGAAAGCGAGGGCUGGUGGAAGUGUCGGCUGCAUGGAAGGCAGGGCCUGGCCCCUGCCAACCGCCUCCAAAUCCUCACAGAGGCCCCUGAGGAUAGAUCCUGUCCCCCAUUCCCAGGAGGCUUGGAAAAAACCAUCACCAACUCAGAGGAGACCUACCAGGUGCCCACAGUGCUGCCCACUCCACCCCCAGGCCCUGUGUAUGAGCCGAUGAAGAGCUGGGUGGAGGAGCCUCUGCCACCUGCUGCCCAAGUCUACGAGUUCCCUGACCCACCUCCCACCGCCAGAAUCGUCUGUGAAAAGACUUUAAGCUUUCCAAAACAGACCCUCUUUGUGCUUCCCAGACCUUCGAGGGCCUCGCUGCCAGCUCUGCCUUCCCAGGUGUACGACGUGCCCGUGCAGAGCCGGGUCCCCUCAGCCCUUAAGGAGCCGGAGAAGCAGCAGUUAUAUGACAUACCGCCCAGUCCCCAAAAGGCAGCACUCCACCUUCCAGCCAGCCAAGCAGGCGACAUUCCUCUGAAACCAGCCUUUGGAAGAGAGGGCUACAGCACAUUGCCAAACCCUCAGAAAUCAGAAUGGAUUUAUGACACUCCAGUGUCUCUGGGCAAGGCCAAUGUCAGAAAUGCAUCUCUAGCCAGCUUCGCGGAAGAAGCAGGGCCAAAUGCUGUACCCAGUUCGAGCUCUACUUUCCACAGACCUCCAGAUACCAAAGUCAGGAUCCUCCCUUCACAGCCAGGUAAAAAGGUGCCCACGAAGAAGAAUCCCAGCCUUUCAGAUGUCCCUUCCUACACCAUCCUAGUGCCCAGGAACACACUCUCUUCAGAUGCAGGCGCCAGCUACAAGGUGCCUUCCAGCUUUCUGAUUCCCCGAGUGGAGCAGCAGAACACCAAGCCCAAUAUUUAUGACAUCCCUAAAGCAAUGCCAAGUGCGUCCCAGGCAGGGAAAGAACUGGGAAAAGCCAAGGAGGCUCCAGAGAACCCCCGGGGCCACAAUUCCUUCGAGUUCUCCAGACGAAAAACUUCCCUAUCUCCAGAACCGGACAGGUCAUCCAUUGCCAGCUCGGACAGCAGAGCCAGUGUGGUUUCUUCCUGCUCCUCCAUGUCAACUGACUCCUCCUCUAGCUCCUCCUUGGAGGAGUCAGCCAAGGAGCUCUCCCUGGAUCUGCACUUAGCCAAAGAGACAGCAAUGAGCCUACAGCACAAAGUGGUCAGCUCUGCAGCAAGCCUGCUGCUCUUUGUAAGUAGGAAGUGGAGGUUCCGAGACUCUCUGGAGGCCAACAUUGAUGGGAUCCACAGGGCUGCUGACCACAUAGAAGGAGCUUUAAAAGAAUUUCUGGAUUUUGCCCGAGGAGUUUAUGGGUCUACCUGCAACGUCACUGACAGUCAUCUUAGGGCCAGAAUUCGAGAUCAGUUACAGACAAUCUCCAAUUCCUACCAGAUCCUGCUAGAAGCAAAGGAAAACCUGGACAGCUGCAAUUGGUCCCUCGAAGUUCUUGUGACAGACAAAGCUCAGAACAGCCUCGAUGACCUUGAGAGGUUUGUCAUGGUGGCACGGAUGGUUCCGGAAGAUGUCAAGAGAUUUUCCUCCAUUGUCAUUGCCAAUGGGAGGCUGCUCUUUAAGCAGAAUUGUGAAAAAGAAGAGACCAUCCAGUUGUCCUCAAAUGCAGAAUUUACGUGUAAAAAAUGCAUCCAGCUUCCACAAAGAGAAGUAGAAUCAUACCAAAAGAGUACUCCUUUUAAUAAAGCAAGGGAAAACUACCAUUCCCCUGAAGUACUUAAGAAAAAUGGGACAAGUGCCUCUGAACAGGCAUUACCUAACCUAGAAGAAAAAGAAACACGCAUCUUGGAAGGAAAGUUAGAAGAAGACAAAGACUUAGAUACAAUGAAUCCUGGCUCUCUUGUAGCCCAGCCUUUGACUCAGCAGAACCCCGGGAGGAAAGUGCACCUCUCUGAACACUGCCGUCUCUAUUUUGGGGCACUCUUCAAAGCCAUCAGUGUAUUCCACAGCAGCCUCAGCAACAGCCAGCCUCCAGAGAUCUUUAUCACUCAGAGCAAGCUGGUCAUCAUGGUGGGGCAGAAGCUGGUGGACACUCUGUGCAAGGAGACCCAGGAGAAGGAUGUGCGUAACGAGAUCCUCUGCAGCAGCAGCCACCUUUGUGGGCUGCUGAAGGACCUGGCGCUGGCCACCAAGAAUGCAGUUCUCAAGUACCCGAGCCCUGCAGCCCUGGGGCACCUCCAGGCUGAGGCCAAGAAGCUGGAGCAUCACACACGACAAUUCAGAGGGACGUUGGAUUGAGGCACUGCCGCCUCCUCCCUCCGGUUACUUCUUAGCUUCUCAGCACAACUUGGGCAACUCUGUCCCCUGGGGAACGCUGCAGAGCAUACAGGAUGGGCCACAGCAGCCACUGUGCCCAGAGCCUGUAGUACAAGCAGCCGAGCAACUCUAGGACACUGGCUUACCCCCAGUGGGCAGGAAAGAGAGCCAGGCAUUAUGUAAGGACCUUAUGAGGAGGACGUGCCAUCUAGGGUAUGCAAAGUCACUGUUGGAAGUAACAACGAAGAAAUCAUUUCUAUGUUGGUUAAAUGUGUAUGUGGUUUACAUUCAUUCAUUCAGCACUUAUUUAUUGGGCACUAACUAUAUGUCAAGUUCUAAGGCUAGAGACACAGCAGUUUCUCAGCAGCCAUGCCCUCAUGAACUCACAGUCCAGACAAUAAAAUGAUUAAGAAAUGCAUCUAUAAUAAAUCAGAGGCAGGGAGAAAAUACAGUCCAAGGAAGAGAAGGGAGCUCAGUUUCAAAAGAUACAUUUCUGUUGCAUCCAUUAGAAAAUGUAAUUUUUAAAAAAUUUUGGAUUGAAUUAAUUCCGUGAGAUUGGUACAAGUUGUGGAUGUUUCUUGCACCAAAACUAUAUAUUUUUUUUGCUGUUUUCUUACUGUGGUUAAAGAUGCAUGGUAUAUUCUUGCCACACAUGUUCUGUUGUGUUCCCUAUUAACUUAUUUUGUUUAUUGUAGAUUCUGUAUUGAGAAGUUCUACUGCUCAAUUAGAAAAAAAAAAGUUUAUAUUUCAACAGUUGCAACUCUGCAACCGUUUAUAAUAAUAUUUAAAUAUAACCAUGAAUUGAAGCAUCA